AUGGAAGUAGAUGAUAAAUACGACAGCAACAAUGAUGCUGAUGACAGUGAUGGAAGGGAAGGUGACACGUAUGUCAGCUUGGAUGAUGAAGAAAACGCUUAUCAGGCAUUCCUGCCCCAAGAAGAUGCUGUCGAGGAAGAUGGUGAUGAAAAUAGCGAAGAUUCUGAUGAGGAACAAGAUCUUGAUGAGGGUGCAGACAUUGUCAAUGACCCUGCAUUUAAUGCGGGCAAUGGUUUUGACGAGGAUGAGGAUCACCUACCACAGGAUGAUGAAGAAGAUCUAUUUGAGCAUUCUGCUAUCAGGAAUGCAUAUGUGUGUGCCUCGCAUGAUGUUUCACACAUAAUCCUUGAUGGGGUUGCUUGUGCCUUGUGGUACGCUCACAAUCACGCACCACAUAUUGAGUAUGAAGGCCUCGAUGACAUGAGGCGGCUGGGAGUCAACCUUGACUCUAUCAUUACUUACCUCUUUGUCCGUGAUCCACUCACACUGUAUGAUGAAGAUCUUUGGGAACAGUGCCAUGAAGAAGAUUGUGAAGGUAUACUCUACAUGACAAAGCUUCUCACUAGCGGGAAAUUGAAACGCAAGCCAACAAAGGUUCUGCCAUAUGUGGCACCUCAUUGGGCGAUACAGCAUUGGCUCCUCCACCCAGGAAAAUAUCAAGAGUUACAGCAGUGGAGACAAGAUGGAGACAAACCACGCCAAGUACCAGCUACACAUGUGGGAGGUGACAAUGCUUUUGCAGACCCUUCUAAUCCAAUGCAUGAUAUGCAUGAUGCCUGGGGUUGGCAUGCAAUUCAAGCUGGUUUGCAAUGUGUAUAUCACAACAAUGGUCAACUUCGUGUCUUGGACGAUGACAUUCAUAACCUCCAACAGCGCUUUGUCUCACUGCCUUGCGGACUCGUAUGGCAAAUCAAUCUUGACUGGUUCCAGACCGUCAAACAAGGCAAUCACUCCACGGGGGCACUCUAUAUGACUUGCUGCAAUAAUCCUCGUGGCGUUCACCACCUUACCAAAGAGACUUUUCUAAUCAUGGUCCUUCCUGGACCAAAUGAACCGAACCUGGAGCAGCUCAAUAAGAUUAUGACAAAGUUCGUGUCCAAUAUGAUUGAACUUUAUGGUGGACGAGAGUUUCAAAUAUAUGGACACGAGGAUAAGCACCCCAUUCACUCAGCUCUCAACAGCGAGGUCUCCAAUCUUCCAGCAAGUCAUAAAAUUGAAGGUCUUGCCUCAUUUUCAUCAAAGUUGUUUAUGUGUCCACAAUGCGAAACACCUUCGUAUUAUCUUGCAGACCCACGUGGUUUCAAUUCAACAGACUUCAGAUUAAGCGACGCUUGGUGCUAUGUCAAAUAUGCCUUUCGUUCACGUUCUCUUGACAAUGAUGAUCAAAAGGAGAUCUUUGAGUGUCGUGGAGUGCACUGGUCAGUGUUUAACCUCAUCCCAGGUUGGUUGACAGCCGUCAACUCGGUUGUGGAGUUCAUGCACUGUGUUUAUCUCUGUAUGGUUAGGCAUGUGACGAAAGUCAUCAUCCUUCAGUCUGGCAUGCUCAAUCCCAUUCCUCGAGAAGACUGUGUGUUAUUUGUCGGGCUUUUUGUUGCAUGGGAAAUUGAUGGCAUUAUCCCUAAUAUCAACACACCAAAAUCAAGGACCAACACCAAGCAUGCAGCUGCACAUGUGAAGAACGAGAAGGUCAUGCGUCAGCAUCGUCUUGAAAUACUGCUCUCCGAAACAGAAGCACACCCUACUGAUGAGCAGCUUGAUGAGAAUGAUGCCCUCACCAUGGAUUGUUCGAUCAGACAUCACCAUGCAACCAUUCUUGAGUUCUCGGCCGCUAUCCGGAUCCUGUCAUCACAUUCAAUCAGCCCAGAUGAGGUUGAACGGGGCUGUGCGGCGCUAUCUAGAGCAUGCCAGAAUUGGGCGUGUAUGGGAUGUCAUCUGAUGCCCUAUUUUCAUUUCACUCAACAUCUUCGGCGUCAGUUUCUCCAGUUUGGGCCUUGCUAUGCUACGUGGGUCUUUCCAUAUGAACAAAACAAUGGUUUUCUCAGUAGGACAAACCAUAAUAAUCACAGGGGUGGCGAACUCGAAUGUACAAUGAUGCGCAAAUGGUGGAAAUGGGUUCUUGACCAUGAUCUCUUAAACACUUUUCGGAGGCUUCCAGAGCCUGACGAAAAUGACCGUGACUCAAUCAAACUUCUUGAAUCAUGUUUGAAAGGUGGAACUCACCCACAUCAUGGAACAUUGCAAGAGUACUUAGCAUCUUUUGGAGGGCAGGAAUGCACGCUUCAGACACUCAAUCCUAUGCUAUAUGGUCUUGUCCUGCAGUUCCUGCAGGAUGAGUGGGGAGAGUUAGGGUUUGUAAUCCACGCUGAUGUUGUUCUGGCAGAUCAUGGUACCUGCUUCAUGGGCUAUGUUAAAUCUUACUCACAUGUGUUUGUUGAAGCCCUGCACUAUGGAGCAGCAACACAACCCUGCGGAAAAUCAGCUCGCUAUGCCUACUUCAAUGGUCAAGUUGCUGUCAAAAUUCAAUGGAUCUUCAAAAUUGACAUGGAGUAUGAAGAUCAGGGUGAAAUUUCCAAGACAGUUGCUGUUGUUUGUCCCUUUGUUACAGAUGAUAACAUGCCGGCAUUCCCAUGGGAUUUACGGGCAAUUGAUCUUGGUGUGCAAGUCUGGUAUGGAAAUGCCCUGGGUGACAUGGAGGUCAUUGAGAUUGAACUUGUGUUGGGACAACUCAUACUCAUCCCCAUCACCGUUUCUGGUGUUGAAUAUUGGGUGACAGUAGCCCACAAUCAUGUACAUCUGGUGUGA